GGCUGCUGCAGCCCGGCCGCCUCGCUCGGUCCGCCCCGGGCAGGAGGCGCAGGCGAGCGAAGAUGGCGACGCGGGCAGGCAGCCUCCCGGCCCGGCACUGGCUGCGGGCGCUGCGCGGGGGAGACCCCCGGCCCGGAGCCCGGGGUUAUUCCAAAGAUGGCGAAAGCAGCUGGUUCCGCUCGCUCUUCGUCCAUAAGGUGGAUCCCCGAAAAGAUGCCCAUUCCAACCUCCUGUCCAAGAAAGAGACUAACCACCUCUACAAGAUCCAAUUCCACAAUGUGAAGCCCGAGUGCUUGGAUGCCUACAACACACUUGCGGAGGAAGUCCUUCCCAAGCUGCAUUCAGACACCGGGUAUCCGUGUGAGCUGGUUGGCAACUGGAAUACCUGGUACGGCGAUCAGGACCAGGCAGUUCACAUCUGGAGAUUCGUCGGCGGUUAUUCAGCCCUCAUGGAGUCCAUGAACAAGCUGAGGGAGAACCAGGAAUAUUUACAGUUCCGUAAAGAGAGGAGUCACAUGCUCCAUUCCCGAAGGAACCAGCUGCUCCUGGAGUUCAGUUUUUGGAAUGAGCCUCUGCCCCGCGCCGGGCCCAACAUCUACGAGCUGCGAAGCUACAAGUUGAAGCCUGGGACCAUGAUCGAAUGGGGAAACAACUGGGCUCGGGCAAUUAAACAUCGUCAAGAUAACCAGGAAGCAGUGGGCGGCUUUUUCUCCCAAAUUGGAGAGUUGUACAUCGUACAUCACUUGUGGGCCUACAGAGAUCUGCAAUCUCGAGAGGAGAUACGGAACGCUGCCUGGAGGAAGCGAGGAUGGGAUGAAAAUGUUUAUUACACAGUUCCUCUCGUUCGGAGCAUGGAAUCCAGAAUCAUGAUCCCUUUGAAGAUUUCCCCAUUGCAGUGACCAGCCUUCCCUGGGCUGAGCCGUCACCCAGGAGAAGAAGAAGAAACCCCCAACUUUGUUACAUUUCCUCCCCGGCCUUUUCCCCUCUAAUAAUCUUCAUUACAUCCCAAUUUUCUAACUUUUUCUGCUUUGUACAGAGCUGUGUUGCUCCACUUAGGGCACUUGUGCGGACUUCAACUCCCAGAAUUCCCCAGCCAGCACGCUUUUAAGAAAGCAGGGACUUCAACUCCCACCAUUCCUGAGUUGGCGCGUAGCCGGCUGGGGAAUUCUGGGAAUCGAAGUCCACACAUUUGUCUGUGUAUGCGCGUGCACGCCGCCACACCACUCACGUGGCCCGGUUCCAGGAGUGAAAUGCUACCGGUUUGGACCGGUAGUAAAAAAAAAUGCUAUCAGUUUGGGCAAACCGGUAUUUCCGAUGAUCAGCUGUUCCACGUGAUUUAUAUUCCCUAGAAAGCAGGAAAUCCUGCUUUCGAGCGAAUCUAAAUCGUGCGGCACAGCUGUUCCCCCCCCCUCGCUAUUCUACUUACUUUAGAAAAGGCUUCUUAAUCCUCCUUUUUCAGUGCUUUGUGGUUGCACCUGCGGUUCGGCGUGGACCACGCAUGCACGUACAAAGCGAACUGGAAACGAAGCGAACCGGUAGCAGACUUCAUAGCAUUUCACACACACACACACCCACAAGCUGGGCCGCCAAGUCGCAAAAACCGAGGACCGCUGCCCUAGGUUGAGAAACACUUUAUCUAGAGAGCUUCUCUCUCUUUUUUUUUUUUUAUCAUUCCAUUCUACUUUUUUCCUUCCUCCCAACUUGUUAAUUUCCAACCGGAGCUGUGCGUCCCGGAUGGGUGAACGCUUUGCUUGUUUCUUCAGAGGAAGAGGAAAAUCAAAUAUUUCAUCAAUGGCUAUUGUUUGAUGGAGAUGGAGCCACGUAAAGAGAAUGGAUGAUAGUCGCAAGAAUAAUAAUAAAAGUCUGCUUUUCAA